AGUUGUUGUUUUUUUAUGAGGGCGAAGACACGCGGGGAAUUGGCCAAAUAAAAACGUCAGUAUGUUAUCGUUAUAUCACUAUGACAUCUGGCCCUGGUGUGACCUCCACCUGUCCGCGGGGGGUGCAGUUGUGCCGCUGGUGCAACAAUGCAAGCUGUGGAUGUGCGGGCUGGGUCCAGUGUGCACUCAACAUACGUCCGGUUCGGCCCGGAGAGCCAGGAGAGCUGGACCAACGCUAGCAGGGUCGAGGAGUUGUAAAGGUCUCUGUGGAAAUUGAGGUGUGGAAGAGAAAAAAAGAUGACUUGUCUGACUGCCUAUCAGUUGCUAUCUACUGACUGAGCCACUCAUUUAGCUGUGUAGGGUUAUUUUAACCUGGGUCCUCUUGGUCUGUUUUGGCUGAACUGGAGCCACCAUGGACAUGGCCCUGGUAGACUUUGGGAGCUCAGAUGAGCUUGACGUGGGCCUCAAGGAUGAGGACGCUUAUGCGGAUGAGACCACAGCUCUUACUGUGGACAUACCCGACAUGCCAGGUGGCAACUACCGACUACGAGCCCCACAGUUUGCCACCUGCACACCAUGCCGCACCAGUCCCGUUCCCUCGUGCACGUGGGAAUCCUCAUCUUCAAUACCGAUUCCAUUUAUACACACGGUGGAAGUACCUCACACCCCAAUGCUAACUCCAAGUAUGGAGGGCCGAAGUAGUCGUUCCAGUAUGACCUCAAACUGGAAGGUGCUUCUAAGCAGCGAAGGCAUGAAGGAAAGUGAAGCAAUCUUUAGCCAACUUGCUCAGGAGUGUUGCGAGGACCUUUUUGUCGAUAAAAGAGGGCUGGACGAUGGAGACCAAAAAGUCAUUCUUAACAUCGCCGGGCUUCACUUCGAGACUCAGCUCAAAACAUUAGACCAGUUCCCAGAUACACUGCUAGGAGACCCUCAGAAGAGGAUGGGCUACUUUGAUCCAAUGAGGAACGAAUACUUCUUUGAUCGUAACCGGCCCAGCUUUGACGGGAUUUUGUAUUACUACCAGUCUGGGGGCAAGGUCAGACGUCCAGCAAACGUUCCUCUGGAUGUGUUUGCUGAUGAAAUAAUCUUUUACGGGCUUGGAAAUGAAGCCAUGGAGCAGUUUCGAGAUGAAGAAGGAUUCCUUCGGGAUGUUGAGAUACCGCUGCCUAAUAAUGAUGUCUCCAGACAAUUCUGGCUGCUGCUGGAGUACCCAGAGAGCUCCAAUGCGGCUCGAUGUGUUGCACUCGUGUCCGUGCUUGUUAUUGUCAUUUCCAUCAUUAUUUUCUGCAUGGAAACGCUGCCGGAAUUCAGAGAUGAGACUGACAUUGUUGCGCCCACGGCCACGAAGCCUGUCAACCUCUCUGGAGUUUAUAGCACUGUGGCUCCGCCUGGUGUAAUGCCCACAGUUUUCUCUGAUCCCUUCUUCAUGAUUGAAACCGCCUGCAUUGCCUGGUUCUUCUUUGAGCUUUGUAUCAGAUUUUUGGUCUGCCCGAGCAAAAGAGAAUUUUUCCACAAUCUUAUGAACAUCAUCGACAUUAUAUCCAUCAUCCCCUAUUUUGUCACUGUGGUGACCGAACUGGUCACAAAGCCUGAAGAGAGCUCCGGGCAGAAUAUGUCUUUGGCCAUCCUUCGCAUUAUACGUCUGGUCAGGGUGUUUCGUAUAUUUAAACUGUCACGUCACUCCAAGGGGCUGCAAAUCCUGGGACAGACCCUCAAGGCCAGUAUGCGAGAACUGGGCCUACUCAUCUUCUUCCUGUUUAUUGGAGUUAUCCUUUUCUCCAGCGCGAUCUACUUUGCUGAGGUCGAUGAGCCGAACACACAGUUUGUCAGCAUACCGGAUGGCUUCUGGUGGGCGGUGGUGACCAUGACUACUGUAGGCUACGGGGACAUGUGUCCCAUCACCCUCGGGGGCAAAAUGGUCGGGACCUUGUGCGCCAUUGCAGGUGUACUGACCAUUGCGCUACCUGUUCCUGUCAUUGUUUCCAAUUUCAACUACUUCUAUCACAGAGAAAAUGAAGCAGAGGACAAGCUGUCCUUGACAGAUGCUGUUGAGCAAGCGAUAAUGGCGGACAUGGGGGUGAAACAAAGGAGCAGCGAGUCGCUAAAUAAGGCCAAUGGCAUCUGACAGAGGGACAUCACUAAGAAUUUGCAUUUGGUUAGAAAUACCUGAAAUUUGUCAACAUAUUUUCACAUGAAAAGUGUAUAAAAAGUCAUGAAAAAUAGAAAUGAAAUAAUGACUGGACUAAAGGCCUUGCAAGUAGCCCACGUUUCAGAAUGAACUGAAGUCUCUUGCUUAUUCUUUCUGGUAGAUUAUUUAGCAAGUUACGUUACGUAUACAUUGGAGUUUUCCCAUAGCGAACCGAGUUUGUAGAGCUAGCUUUCUUGAGUCCUCAUGUUUGGAAACCAUCUUUGUUUUACUUUAUUUAGUUCUGAUAUUUUAUUGUCUACCUUCACUAGGGCAAGCCUUGUACUGAACUACUAAUGGUGUUUCUAUGCGACUAUAUUGUCUUCGUAGGUGUUACAAACAUGUGCCAUGGGGGCCUAAUGUCUGUAAAGAUUGGCCAAAAAAGAUACAUCACACUUUCAGAUUGAAUCUGGAACCCAUGUUCAUGCCAGAAUCUCCCUUGUCCCAAAAUAACUACAACGUAGCAUUUUUCCUCGCACUAUUGCGCAACAACAAUAUUUCUUGCAAAGCAAUGCAGUGAUUUUCAUCGUUUUUUUAAAAACAGUUUUGUAAAUGAAAUCUUUUUCACAUUUAUGAUAAUGUUAUAUUGAGUGUGAAAUGUUGUUUAAUUGUACUUGUUGAUAAAGGCAUACAUUUCUAGCAAUUGAAAUUACGAUAAAUACAGACUACCGGUAGGUUCAAUACGAUGUACACAAGUAAUAAUUUUAAAAAACAAUAAACUGGGUACUGUAUAAUCAUUUAUAGUUGAAGCAUUGCUUUAGUUUCUGCAUUGAAUAAAUUGGUCUUACCUUCAGCAUUAUUACCGUGUAUACAUUUGCAAUUUCCAUGAUACUAAUCUGUUUCUGUGGUAGAUGGAACCUCAUUCAUCCAUUCAUCCAUCCAUCCACCCAUUUUCUUUC